UGAAGUUAGGUCUGGAAAAGUGGGGAUGGCCGCGUGGUACCUACCACGAUUCCUAUAUAAGAGCUUACAACCCAAUGUCAACUAUUAUUCGAACGCUUACGAACAAUUUUCUUUAUUUGUGAGACUUUCUGAAAUUUACGUGCAUUUACUAAAAUUAUUAUCUGUGAAUUAUUUUAAACAAUCGGGUAUUAGUUUCUGUGAGUGAAAAGGGAACUACACCUCGACAAGCAAAAUGAGCAAAUUAGGAUCAUUGGCGGAUGGAUCUCUCUCACCAAUGAGAAGUUCUUUGCGUCCAUCAAAACCUGUUUUAUACAGAAAACCGGAAGACAAAUUUAAUUUAAAUUCCACUAGAAAUCCUACUCCGCAAGGGAUGGUCGUUCGUCCAAACCCCAGCGCGAGUCUUGAAAUCGACAGGGAAAAAUACGAAUUGGGUGCGCAUGGAUACGGCAAAAAUAGUGUGAAGCUUCUCCACGUUCGUCGGGACGGAACUUAUAAUCACGAAAUUAGGGAAUACGAAGUUGACACUCACUUAAGAUUAACUACGCAGAGAGAUUAUCUGGAAGGUGAUAACCGAGACAUAAUAGCGACUGAUAGUCAGAAGAAUACAGUUUAUCUCCUGGCCAAAAAGUAUGGCGUGACAUCUCCAGAGGAAUUUGCCAUUUUAAUUUGCGCUCACUUCCUCUAUACUUAUAAGCAUAUUGAGGAAGUUAACGUCAAUGUCGAGGAGUAUCCCUGGACGAGACAUCAUGUCAAUGGCAUUCCUCACAAUCACGCUUUUAUCUUUAGUCCUACGGCCACGAGAUACUGCCAAGUCACUCAACUCAGAAAUGAUGUGCCACGCAUUCGAGGAGGGUUAAAAGGAUUGAGAAUUUUAAAAACAACUCAAAGUUCGUUCACUGACUUUAUUCAGGACGAAUACAGAACUUUGCCUGAUGCAAAUGAUCGCAUUUUCAGCACAGUUGUACAGGCCUCAUGGGAUUUCUCUACCGCUUCCGGUGUCGACUUCGACAAGGUGUGGCAAACUGUGAAAGACUGCAUUCUUCAAAACUUUGCUGGCCCUCCUGACGCAGGAAUUUACUCUCCAAGUGUUCAGAAUACGCUUUAUCUAUCCGAGAAGCACGUGUUAGAUAAAGUCGAUCAGAUUUGCAGCAUCGAAAUGAGAAUGCCAAACAAACACUAUCUCGAACUGGACCUAUCCAAAUUUCCAAAAUUAGUUCAGGAUGAAAAUAAGGAAGUUUAUUGGCCAAUCGACAAACCCUCUGGAAUCAUUUAUGCACAAUUGAAUAGAAAAGAUGUGAGGUCUAAACUCUGAUAAUAAGAUGUCAUAAGAUUCUUGUUUCAAUUCAUCUAGGAUAAUGACAAAUUAAGCAUUUAGUAAUUAUUGAUAACAUUUUGUUAACUUAAUUAUUAUGUUGCUUUCAGUAUUUUUUUAUGUUAGAGAAAUUCUACAAUAAUGAACAAUCAUUUUAAGAUAAAUCUACAAUUGUAAUUAUUUUUUCUAUGUUUCAUGUAAAUUAUAAUUGUUGUACAUAUUCCAUUCCCUUGCUAGUAUUGUUAAAAGGACGUCAAAUAGUCAAAGUAUAAAAGUACGCUCCUUAAAAAUAGAGAAUAAAUUAUUUCUAGC